AUGCCCUUCUCCUCCUCCUCUUCCUCCUCAACCCCCGAGGUGUCCACCACCCCGCUCGCCGAUUAUUUCUGGAUCGCCGGUGUCGACGGGACCGAGAUAUUGGACACUUUCCAAAGGCUAGGGGACGAGUACCGAGCCAACAAUGCUACCUCGCCCGGCCCCGCCGUCACCGACACCAUUGAAGAAGAUGCCGACGCAGAGGAGGCCCACGACCCCCGCCUAGAUGGACUCUCCCGACCCAACUCCAUGGCCGGCGGGCGCAAUUCCUUCCAGCGCUUCUCCAUGCGCUCGGGAGACCCCGACGCCAACGAGAAUGGCUCGAGCAGCAAUCGGAGCAGCAUGACCAUCAAGGGCGCGCAGUCCCCGCGGGGCUCGUCCUUUCUGGAGGACUUCGACUUCGAUAAGGCAUUGUUGAAAUUCGCCUCGGAACGAGAUUCCUUCUUGUCGGAUUUGAGUCACACCGCGGGCGCAAUCACCCCCCAGUCGCAGGCCCGUCCCCGAUCUCGACUACGGACCCAGAAGAUCAUUUCCGAGGAAUCCCCCUCGCAGCCCUCCAGCUUGCUUCGAUCCGGCAUCGGAAGCGUGCGACGUCACAUGGCGUUCAGGGAUAUGAACAGCAUGAAAAGACAACCCUCGGUUGCUCGUCAAGCGUCCAUUCGUACCUCACGACGUCUGAGCAACUACAACUCGGUGAUUCCGGUCCCGCAACCGCUGGAGAUAUCGCCUAGCAUGCACCCUCUGAAACGGAGAUUUGAACCCGUCCUCCUCGAUCGAUACCCCACCAGGAACAUGUCCGACGAGCUGAAGCAGCGCGGCAAUUUUCCCGACUACGUGCCCAUGUUCGCGUUCCCCAACGACAUCAAUAUCGUUUCCUCGGACCAAAGACCCCGGUCGACGUGGCACGGGUUCGCCAUGACUACGGAUAAUGGCUCGCGUCUACACGCCAUUUGCGUGAUAAUUUGGAUUCCGCUGAACCAGCGCGCCGCCGAGGAGCUGGAGAAGCGCUGUGAGGAAUGGCGCAAAGAUAACAUGACGGAUGAGGAGCGCGAGCUGGCGGCAAGUCUCGGCGAAAGAUUGGCGUCUGAAAGGGCCAAGCUAUCGAGGCUCCUGGCUCAACUUCCGACGGUCCCUUCGGGCUCGGAAUCCAGAGAGCAGUUGGAAGACGAGAUCAGCGCAGUGGAAGAGAAAAUCGGCUUGAUGACCGAUCUUCUACGCCCGGUGCGUCACGGGGCGGCAUCGAAGAUCGAAGGCCUCACGGAUGGUGACACGGGAUUUUGGAUACCCCGCGCCUACGGCAUUCUUGGCCGGGAAGAGAACAUGACGAGCUUCUGGAAGGAGUGGCUGAAGGCCGUCAUUGUACCGAUGACCGAUGGAAGCAUUCAGCGGGUUCCCCCAAGCUCGCCGCGCAUGGGCAUUUGGCAGCCCCUGGAGCGAUAUGUGAUGAAUCUUUGCACGGAGGCGUUCAGCCCCAAUACCUCCAAAACCCAGGUGGAGCUGGCCGUUCGUGAGCUGCGUCUCUUUGCCCGAAAGGAGGCGUCCAACGAGCUCCCAGGCGCCCGCAACACCGACAUCUAUGCUCUGUUCCGCACGCUUUCGCUGUCGAAUAUUGUCAUCCUUCUGGAGUACGCUCUCACCGAGUCGCGGAUCAUCUUUCUGUCAUCGCAUACCUCGAUGCUCUAUCUGGCCACCAAGGCCCUGGUUGACUUGCUGUUCCCCAUUCCCUGGUCGGGGGUGCUGAUUCCGGUCCUUCCUGCGCGCUUGGUCCAGGCCAUCGAAGCCCCUUGCCCCUAUAUCGUCGGCAUCGAGCGCCGGUACGAGAAGGUCGAGCUUCCGUCCGACGACUUCGUCCUGGUGGAUCUGGAUGCCGAUCUGAUUGAAAGCACCAUUCAGCCAACGCCCCUCCCCCGCCAUCAGCGCAGGAAGCUUCUAUCGCUCCUCCAACUCGCGGCUCCGCAUCACGGUCGAUUCGGAGUCCCCACGGGACCGCCUGCGUACGCGAUCGAGACGUUCCCAUUCGACGCCUUCUCGUCGGAAAACUCGUCGAUCUUCAAUUCCCGGGCACAGUCGACGCAACUAGCCAAAUACGUCAGCCUCAAUUCCAGUGCGUUCGGCCAGAGCUCCGUGCCCCCAAGCUCGUAUCAGCCGCUGGUCUUCAACGCCUAUUUGCACGCUCGAUACGAGCAGGUUCCGUCCAGAGGGUACUCCUCCAAGGGAUCCGACCGUCCGGGAACCGGCUCAACCUCCAAGACCGGUUCGCCGCCGUCGCCGCGCGACAUAUCCCCUACAUCUGGUCAUUUCCCGCCACCGCCGCCGACGCCGAACUCUCGAAAUGAUUCCGGCCUGGCUCUGCAGGCCUCAUUGCGUGAAAAGCGCUCGGGCCACUUCGAUGCAGCAUCUCGACGAAGCUCGUCCUUCGGAAUGGAAAUGCGCCAGGGCGUCCCAAGGCGGCCGAGCGCUCCGUUCCUCGGCCAUGCCCCCAACCUCUCUGUAACCACCCUGAACACCGAUUACAACUCCGGGUCCACAUAUGCACCGUCUGUCUACGCGCAAUCCACAGUGGCCGCGUCAACGAUCGUUCCUCAGGCGUCUAACCAGCCCAUUCACAACUCGGAAGGCACGUGCUGGGUCGAGGGUCACUGCCUCCGUCUGCAGCCGUGUGACGAGAAAGCGGUUUGUGCUAUAUGUGACGAGCGGGCCGAGGAAGGCAUGUACCGAUGCACUGCCUGUAAGACUCUGGUGCACAAUCGCUGUGCUCUGCAGAUCUGCCUGGUUUGUCCCGCUGCUUUCCAUCCGGAACAAGUUCGAGCGGCCUUUGUAAGACUGUUUGCCAGCUUAUUCUAUACUUACAAAAAGUAUCUCCAACCCGCCUCGGGUGACAAGAAAAAGGCAGGCCUGACCUACAGCUUUAACAUGGAUGCCUUCAUGAAGAGUUUGCCAGGCGAGCAUGCGGAGUACAUUUCCAUUCUGCAGCAAACACAAGGAUUCAACGAAUUUAUUAGCGAGAGGGAACACGUCAAUCCCAAAUCCAGAGAUCCAAGAAUGGCGCUCUUUGAUGAGAUCGUUUUGUCUAAACGCAACCGCGGGCGGUCGUCGAUCUUCUCGAGCCGGAGCAUGACGGAUUUCCUGUCUGACACGUCGAAUCAUCUAUGGAGAACCGCCAGUGCCACCUCGUUCGGGCCAGGAAGCAGGGGCCAGCAGAAUCUCUCUGGAGAUUACACCCGCGUCGUCACCCGAGCACCGGCCAAACUCGAUACCAGUCUGAUGAAGGAGCCCCGCAUGAUCCAUGGCGCCCCUCGGGUGUCGAAGACGGCAAACAAUGCGCGGAGAAAGCCUCUUCCCAAGCUGAUGAACGGACUGGCGAUUUCGCCGCCAUAA